AACAGACAGUGCGUUUUGAGCCCUUGUCGAGGUAGGUAGUUGCUGUAGUAUCCGUUUUAGACAUUCGCACAGCACAGAAAGCGGAGAUCUGGUUUUGUGGGGUGUGCAAAUGCAGAAUCUCGUUUUUAAUUUUUCGGCUAAUUCUCGCGGCUGAUGAUUGGAAUAUCUCUGUGUUUUAAAAACUGACAAAAAGAGGUGUGUUCUUCGAAAGACAAAAAGGAAACUCUCCCGCCGCGUUUGUGACUGUUUUCCCGCGACGAUUUGCAUCUGAGUCGCUAAGUGCCGAGUGUUUUAAGGAUUUUAAUUCUGUUAAGAGGAAUACAUUAAAGUUUUCUGGAUUCUGGCUAGACUUUUAAAGUGUUUACUUUUUUCUCCCUAAUUAAAUGGUGAUUUAUGCGAAGAUUAGGAAUCUGUGCAGUGCCGAAGGAUUUGAGCGAAUGCGAAGAGAAGAUUAGUGGCAGUACUUGAUUAAAAUGUUUGUUUUUGUAAUGGUUUAAUUGUUUUGAGUGAUUAAUGGAGUGAUUAUUUCACGGAUUUUUUCCUUGGAUUUUGGAUUACACGUUUUCAACAUGGAUUACACGGUUUCCUUCGCAAUGUUGUACCUAGUCGUCGUUUUGUUCAUCAGCCACACAAAUGCCCAACAACAGUAUUUUCGAGUGCUUCCCAAAGACGUCAAAGUGCAGGAAGGCGGCGAGGCGAUGUUGGAAUGCGAGGUUGCCAAUUUAGCGGGUCAAGUGCAAUGGACCAAAGACGGAUUUGCCUUAGGUUUUUUGUCGGUAAUUCCGGGAUUCCCUCGUUACUCGGUGAUAGGGGACAGAAGACAUGGAGUUUACAACCUGAGAGUGAGCAACGCAUCCCUCGAGGAUGAUGCCGAGUACCAGUGCCAGGUGGGACCGGCUAGACUCCAGAAGGCCAUCAGGGCGAACGCAAGGCUCAACGUUAUUUCCCCGCCUUCGUCAGUGGAGAUAUUGGAUCACACGCACAAUUCGAAAAUAGAAAUAAAGGAAAACCAAGAAUUCACUCUGGAAUGCCGAGUUAAAAAUGCUAAACCCGCAGCAAAGAUCGUCUGGUACAGGGGCAACGUUGAAAUUAAUAUACCAAACCGAGAAGACCACACUUCAGAAGUACCUGGUAAAACGAAAGACAAGCGUGUAACUAGAUACGACACUCAUUCAAGAAUAUCCCUCAAACCAACAGCGGAAGACGACUUUGCGGAGUACACUUGUGAAGCUAGACAUGAAGCAUUGUCUCAGGAUAUUCCCAUGAGAGCCACCGUCCAACUUAGUGUACUCUAUCCACCAGCUAUACCAUACAUAGAAGGAUAUGUCGAAGGUGAAACCAUACGAAGAGGUCAAACCGUCGAACUGGUUUGUAGAUGUCGAGGUGGUAAUCCUGCUGCUCAAUUAAUCUGGUACAAAAACGGGGAACAAAUCAGAAUGGCCUACAGAACUGCAGGAAGACUGUCAGAAAAUGUUUACACUUUCACCGCCGAUGCUAGUGACAACAAAGCGAAGUACAAAUGUGAAGCCAGUAACAUUAUGUCCAAAGCUCCUUUGAAGGCUGAGGUUGAAAUGACAGUUCUAUUUUCACCUGCUCACGUGACAAUUUCCGGACCAACAGAGGCUCGAGUCGGCGAUCCAGUACCUCUGACAUGCACCACUGCAAAUUCCAACCCUCCGGCAGAGAUUAAAUGGUUGGUAGCGGGACGACAAGUCCGAAACGUAACCUCCAGGCCAGUUAUUUCGCCCGAAGGGGGCUGGAUAACAACGUCGAACAUCACCGCCGUUGUGGAGCCCAACAGGCGAAGUUUGGUGGUUAUUUGCCACGGGGUAAAUAUGCAGCUCACGGAGAAUGUUGUAUCUACGCACACUAUUAACGUUUUAUAUCCUCCGAGCAUGCCCUUCAUCCACGGAUUCACGCAAGGUUCGCAUAUUCCCGCAGGAACAAUUCAGAAAAUAUCCUGUACUUCUGCGGGAGGCAAUCCUUUAGCAACUAUUACAUGGUAUAAAAACGACAAGAAAAUUCAUUCCACUGUUAGGACCACGGAUAAAUCCGUCACGGCGGAGAUCACUAUUUUGACGAACGUUACGGAUAAUGGAGCCGAGUAUAAAUGUGAAGCUGCUAAUUCGGCUACAGAGAUACCACUUAUUGAAGUCAUCAAUAUGAGCGUAUAUUUUCCUCCUGAUCACAUUAAGAUCCGUCAAGAACCUGAAGAUCUGAAACCAAAUGAAGAAGCUACACUUUUUUGCGACUCCAGUUCAAGUAACCCACCUGCCAAGUUAUCCUGGUGGAAAGAAGGUAUUCCUGUUCUAGGAUACAUCAAUACGACAAAACAAGGUCUUCACGGCGGUACAGUAUCUACCAUAGAAAUGAAAGUAAAUGUUACGGAGCAAAUGAAUGGCAUAGUGUAUACUUGUCAGGCGAAUAAUGAAGCACUGCAGAGAUCUGUACAUGAUGCUAUUACUCUACAAGUUUUAUAUAAACCUGUAUUCGACUCAAACAAUGAAGAAUCGGUAACUGGAAUAGAAAAUGAACCCCUUAUCAUCUCGUUAAAAGCAGAAGGCAAUCCCGCAAAUAUAGCGUACACCUGGACCAAAGAUGGUCUGCCAAUAACGCAACAAAGCUCUUCGAAUGGAAUCGAACGAAUAGUGUCCGAUGGUUCAGUUUUGAAUAUAACCAAAUUGAGCAGGAAUGAUGCUGGUACCUACACCUGUGAAGCUUUAAAUUCUCAAGGAAGUAACGUGGCAAUGGUUAACAUUACUGUGCAAUAUCCAGCUUCAAUCGUUCAGACCAGCGGCAACGUAAUCGCCAACCCCAAAGAAGACGCUACUCUUUCGUGCUCCGCCGAUGGCAAUCCCCUGGCCGACGACACAAUCACUUGGAAAAGGGACGAUUUCCCCGACUUUGCAGCCAGAACCUCCGUCAUGUACGACAAAAACGGAACUUCGUACCUUCGAAUAUCGAGUGUGACAAGGGAAGAUCUUGGAAAUUUCUUAUGUAUCGUUAAUAAUGGAGUUGGAAACUCGUCGUCUAAAGAAGUUAUGUUGAUUGUUAAACAUAAACCAGAAAUCGACACCCGACCCCAGUUCAUGAAAUUCGCUAGUGAUGCUGGAGACACAGGUAAACUGAUAUGCAGAAGUCAGGCUUCUCCUCUGGCUAGGUACACAUGGGCUCGAAAUGGGUCUCCCAUUAAUUCGAAUACAACUGGAAAAUAUUACAGCACAUACAAACAGAUUGACCAACUGAUCACCGAAUCAACUCUCUUCAUUACCCAUGUCACUUCUGCUGAUUACGGUAACUACGAAUGUGUGGCCAGAAACGAAUUAAGCUUCGCUACCAAAUCCCUCAGACUGGAAGUAACGUCACCACCAGACACCCCAACACUCCUAACGGUUCUAAACGUCACUCACGACAGCGUAACUCUUGGAUGGACACCAGGAUUCGAUGGAGGAAUGAAGGCUUCCUACAGAAUUAGAUACAGAAAAGUGGACGACGAAGGCUACAAGUAUGAAGAUGUGGUGGGAGGCAAUGUGACCACUUAUGUUGUCAAAGAAUUGGAUAUCAACACGCAGUAUGUUUUUUCAAUAAUGGCGUCGAAUAAGCUGGGGAAUAGCAAGUUUAUGCCGGAUUUACUGUCAGCUAAGACUUCAGUUUUUGUCGAAGACGGUGUUGAGAAAGUUAUACCGGAAGAUCUACUUCUGGAAAAGCAAGAUUUGCCUAGGAUCGUGAUCAUUAGUGUCUCGGUGAUAGGCAUUAUUCUUUUGUUUAUUAAUAUUGCCCUAGUUGCGGGAUGCAUGCUUAAGAGGAGAGCUAAAAGAAUUAGAGAACAAAACAACCAAACCAGUAAAUCCGCAACAAUAGAGAUGUACGCGCCAAGCAGCUACAACGACACUGUCACAGGAGAAACUCUUUCGUCCGUUAGUGAAAAGAGCGAAACAUACAGUAAUGAAGAAGGCAACAAUGAAUACUUGGACGAAACGCGGAAACCCACCAGCAACUCAUAUUUAAUCGAACACCAACCGGAUUACCCAGGUGCGUACCCGACUUACGAAAUGCAAAUGCCCGCCCAGACUGGCAUUAACAUGGCUCACAAGACUCACACCUUGCCCCAUCCUCACCAUCACCAUCAUCAUCACCUUGCGCAUGAUCAAAGACCGAGAGCGAGGGAUGAUCAGAGUCUGGGUUAUCACGGUGGCAUGUCAGGUAAAUCAUCAUACGUCAGCGCACCAUCCCCAGCCCCACCAGCCGACGGCUCCUACUACAACAUGUCCGACCGGUACUUAUCGUACCCCCCACCGUUGGACUUCCAGAGUCCCCCUCCAAUCCCAGCCCACCCGCAUCUGACGCACACGCACGCACCCAUCACCCCGCCCUUGCCCUCCAACGGUUCCUUGCUCCGCCACGCCAGAGGGGUACCACCUCCAGACGUCCUGCACAACACGAGCCAGAAUAACCAAAUCCUGCAAGCUCAGAGCUUGUCUCAGAAACGCGAGCUCACUAGUUUCGGUAACGGUUACGGCGUGAACGAACAGGAGGGCCAUCUUGUCUGAGAUCAGGAGGAAAUUUUGUAUGUUUUGUAAAGUUCGUUUUUAUUGCGAGUGUUGUCCAAUACUUUUUAAAAUGAGCAAAGACUGGUGUGUAUAUAAUGAUAAAAAACUGAUAAAUACUCAAUUCAUGUGAUUUUGAAAAUUAAUAUCAUUGCAAUAGUGUGUAAAGACGAUUAUGAAGGUAGAAAAUAUUUCAGUAUGCGCGCGCAUUUCUCAAUCGCGGUUUGAGAGAGCGCGACAAUAUGUUACAGGAUUUAAAUCAAAAGUGAUAACAAAUUGAUGAUUUGAUUAAGUAUAAAAUGUUAAGUUUUGUUUCUUUUUAUUGGUUUUACUAGAAUUUUUAUUUGUUUCUUUUCAGUAAUGAUUGGUUUAGUUUUGGAUAUAGGCAUUUUCAAGCUUUUGUGUUUAAUGCCUGUGUUGACAUAUUUUUCCAAUUAGUCCAUUGAAACGUUAUAGUUUUUUGACCUUAGCCUGCAUUUUCCAGAGGGCGCAAUUUAAUUUUUUUAUUUAUUAAGGGGGUAAAUAUAUAAGCUCAAGUUCAAGUUUGUGAGGUCGCCACCUUUAGUCUCCAUCUUGGAAAAAGUGGUGCAAAGAGUUUUCGCGCUGUAUCUCAUAAACUAGUACCCCAAAGACAAUUGUAUAAGACAUUAUUGCCACCUAUUACUUUUUAUCGUAAAAAAAAUAUGAACAAAAAUACUUACCUAAAAAUUUUUGAAGAAAUUUUCUAUUGAGCCUUGUAACUUUUUUGAUCAUUUUACGAUAAAAUGACAUCAGAGCAAUAUUAUAAAUGGAUUUUCAACGAAAAAUUAUCACUGCAAGUUUGUAUAAAACCAAUAUUUAAUCUGGCUUUAACGGCGUUCCGAGGUUUUUCUUCUUUUUGUAAAGACAUGACUCUGUCUGUUUUUUCAAUGUGCCUCUAGCAAGUUGUCGUUCCAUCGUUUUCGUGGUCUUCCCACUGAUCGUGUUACUAUUGGGGAAAUGUCUCUUGCCGUCCUUACUACUCUAUAUUUGUUGUCAUUUGGCUUAUGUAGUCAUUUAAUUCUACUCUUCUAUUUCUUUCCCAGUAAUUAAUGUCCUCCACCUUUUACCGUCCAUUUUUCGAAGGGUUUCACCUCCGUUGUUUCGAGCAAUCUUUUUGUCCUUAUCAUUACGUACCUGACAAAUCCUCCUUUAUCGGAUUUGACACAAAUGACUCUUGGAAUGUUUCUGCGCAAAUAAAGCAAUUGUGCACACAAUCAAAACCUAUCUCUAGAUCUUCUGAUACUGAACAUGAUGAACUGCUGUUGCAUGUCCCUUAAAGUAUUCUGAAGGGUUACUAUGUUACGAGAUACAGUGCCAUAACUUUUUGCAUCCCUUUUUCCAAAAAGGCGGCUGGAAGCAACCCUAAUAUAACUUUUCAAUGGACUAAAUGUUUAUCUGUAAUUAUUCAUUGCGCAUGUGACGUCAUCAUUCAUAUGCCAACUGUAAUGUGUCACGUGUCAUCAGGUAAAGAUGUAUAUCGUACUAAAUGCAUAGACCUAAUAAGAUUCUUAUUGUGUCUAUGAGUAAAAGGAAGAUAGUGGAUAUAGUUUUUUGUUUGUAUUGAAAUAUUUUCUAAUUGCAUUCAGUGUUUUUUAUUAUGCCUGACUAAAUGUUUUUGUGGCUAUUUUUUCCUCAAAGGAAAGUAGACUGAUAGUUAAAUCUUGGUUUUUGAAGUUUACUAAUAAACAAUCAAAAGCUGAUAACAAUACCUAACAAUAAUAUCAAAAUUAAAAAUCAAGAUGGAGUCCUUUGAGUGAAACUGCCUCAUUUUCGGCCAUUGGACCGAAAUAUUUUUGCUAACUGAUAAUCAGUUCUAGAUAGUUCUAACUAAUGUGAUCUAAAUAUGUAAAUUUAUUUAACUUUUGUUAACAAGAUAACAUUUUAAACCUGUUUUGUGAAUACAAUGCAACCAAAAUUGCACGAGUGUUCAUAACUUCUUAAGGUGUCUUUAGGAAUGAAGAAUGAAGCGGAAUGCAGAAUCAACAUAAAUUGUUUAAAUGUGCAGCUUUCUUGGUUUGUUAAUUGCAUCUCUUUUUGUCUAAAGCUGUUGAUCAAUAUGAUUUCCGUCUAUCUAGCAUUUAACUGGACAAUUGGCUAAUGGAAAAUUAGUUAAAGAAAGAAUUCAUAUAAUUCUCUCUAAGAAUUCAUAUAAUUCAACCUAUAGUAUAUAAAUUACUAAUAUCUCGCCGAAGCGAUGACGGUCGCGAGUUCAGUGCUUUUUCCCCAUCCAAAUAGAAGUGCUAUACCUAUAUUAUAUACGGGUUGCGUGCAUCCUAUACUAUUUAUAUAUACCUACCUACGUACAGAAUUUAUUUCGGCGAAGCAAUGACGGUCACGAAAAUCAGAAAUAUACUUUUUGAUAAAAUAUGUACACAAAAUAAAAUAAAAAUUAAACCUGCAGCCAUUUUCCAAUAAAAGUUAUACCUACGCUUUUUCAAAAAAAAAUCAUUUUGAUGUUCACUGUAGCCUGUACACUGAACCUAGAGUCGAUAAAAAAAUAAACAAGUUUUGUAAAAACCUCAACUACUAUGUCUGUGAAUUUUCUGAAAUUACUAAGGAAGUAAGAAUCUUUUCUUGUAGGUAGGUUCUCUUCUAAUUUAUUAAAAUUUUCUAAAAAAAGAUCCAAGUUGGACUUAAAGUGGGUACAUAACUAGUACAAAACAAACGUUUUCGGACUAAUCAGUCCAUCAUCAGGUUAAAAACUUCAGAUCCAAAGUAGUUGGAACUAUUAGCUACAUAGGUAGGUCGAAUGACAUUGCCAGUAUAAAAAUUAAGCCAUUUCGGCUACAUCGAUGGCGACAAUAAGUCGAUGUUAUAAGAAUACAAUGUAAUUAGACUAUAAUGGAGUCUUCAUCUUGGCUUCAAACUGGCUUCAGUCUGUCAGUUUGAAGCCAAGAUGAAGAUCUUGGCUUCAAACUGACAGACUGAAGCCAGUUUGAAGCCAAGAUGAAGACUCCAUUAUAGUCUAAUUACAUUGUAUUCUUAUAACAUCGACUUAUUGUCGCCAUCGAUGUAGCCGAAAUGGCUUAAUUUUUAUACUUGGCUUCAAACUGACAGACUGAAGCCAGUUUGAAGCCAAGAUGAAGACUCCAUUAUAGUCUAAUUACAUUGUAUUCUUAUAACAUCGACUUAUUGUCGCCAUCGAUGUAGCCGAAAUGGCUUAAUUUUUAUACUGGUAAGGUCAUUCGACCUACCUAUGUAGCUAGUUCCAACUACUUUGGAUCUGAAGUUUUUAACCUGAUGAUGGACUGAUUAGUCCGAAAACGUUUGUUUUGUACUAGUGAUGUACCCACUUUAAGUCAAACUUUUAUUUUUUUAGAAAAUUUUAAUAAAUUAUAUACCAUCUACCUACAAGAGAAGAUUUUUUACUUCCUUAGUAAUUUUUGAUUAUGGUAUACAGCCAAUGAGAGGAACUCUUUCCUAUUUAUUUUCUAAAAUUCUUAAAUUUAUUGAAAGACAAUUAAAAAAUAGUAAAAAAGAAAAAAAUGGCAUUUUUGAGGUUUGGGUGAGGGGUGGCGGUCUAAAAUUGAGUCUUAUUUUUUAAUUACAUAGAACUAAUAAAGUGAAAAAUAUUGACUUCUGGGAGUAAGAACAUUUUCCUAUCUUACCGGUACCGGUUAACACCCUUUAUUACCUGCUCGUUUUCAUCGGAUUAUUUCUUUAAUAAUUAGCUGUAGAAGGCUGUAAUUGUUUAUGAAUUUUCCAUACAUUUUCGGUGUCUUAAAUUAAUAAUCACGAUUAAUUGAACUAGUGUUACCGAAUUUGUCUUUAGCUUUUACAUGCUCGUUAAUUAAUUCUUAAUUCUUGACAAACUAAGUUAUCAAUCGAAGUAGCGCAGAAAACGACAAUAAAUAUCGCCUCCGUACCACCAGAUUGACAACAGGUGGAAUACUUUCUUUGGUUACACCUCCUGAGACUUUUACAAUUUAUAAGUCAUACAGGUGCCGAGAAAAUUAAGAUGAGAGAAUUUUAAAUAAUUCACAACUCAUCUACUCAGCAUGGUAAAGCUCCAACAAGAAAGAUUCCUUAAUACUCAAAAGAGUAAAUGAAUUAAAAAUGUAUAAACAUUCUCAAUUUCUUUGCAAAACGAAAAUGCAGCAGCUGCAUAAUACUCUGGUUAAAGCGGAGAGUGCAGGAAGAGUCUAUACCGGUUUCGGAGAUCUUUUUCCCCUCAUCAGUAAACCCAUAUCCUCUUCUCUCCGCUUUAACCAUUUACCAUAGCUUAGGGCCUUCCCGAAUUGCAAAGAAAGAAAUGUCACGGAUGAACUAGGGCCAUCUACCGGAAAACAAACUAAGUUAUCAAUCGAAGUAGCGCAGAAAACGACAAUAAAUAUCGCCUCCGUACCACCAGAUUGACAACAGGUGGAAUACUUUCUUUGGUUACACCUCCUGAGAUUGUUACAAUUUAUAAGUCAUAUUAAGAAUUAAUUUUCUCGGCACCUGUAUGACCUAUAAAUUGUAAAAGUCUCAGGAGGUGUAACCAAAGAAAGUAUUCCACCUGUUGUCAAUCUGGUGGUACGGAGGCGAUAUUUAUUGUCGUUUUCUGCGCUACUUCGAUUGAUAACUUAGUUUGUUUUCCGGUAGAUGGCCCUAGUUCAUCCGUGACAUUUCUUUCUUUGCAAUUCGGGAAGGCCCUAAGCUAUGGUAAAUGGUUAAAGCGGAGAGAAGAGGAUAUGGGUUUACUGAUGAGGGGAAAAAGAUCUCCGAAACCGGUAUAGACUUUUCCUGCACUCUCCGCUUUAACCAGAGUAUUAUGCAGCUGCUGCAUUUUCGUUUUGCAAAGAAAUUGAGAAUGUUUAUACAUUCUUAAUUCUUGUUUUAUUUUGAUAGUAACCUAGUUAUGUAUUUCAAAAAGUCCUUCAAAGAUCCUCCCCAAAGCGAAUGAAGAUAUAUUCCUUCAUUCCUAAUAGUCUUGAGAGCCCCUAGACGUAAUGAACUCUGGUGCAAUAUUGAUUUUCCCUUAUAAUAAUACAUUCUUUUUAAAGUUGUGUACAUAGUUAAGUUUUAUUUAAUCAAAAAAUAAUUUACUAGUCCAAAUGAUCAACCAAAGUGUUAUUAUUUCUUGUAUAAAUUAAUUUCUUAGGCAAAGAAAUUGCGACGAGAGGUCUUACGUACUUUUUAUUUUUAAUACUUUGUAUGUUACUAGGAAAUUCUCAUGUUUCAUUUUUUUUAACUUUGUUAUUUUGUACAUUUCUUCAUUGUCUUUUAUUUUAUUUUAAUUUUUAGGAAUAAAUAGUUAUGUUUCAGUUC